AAUAACAUGCGUCUAGUUGUAGCACAGUCCCGCGACUGUCAUCGCAGGGUAUACACGAAAACGCGAUAUAACUAGUGAAUCGCAUCGUGUUAGCACAGUCCUUUACUCUUUCCAUUAAACUCGAGUCGAAACGAGCCUGUUACAGUUUCUCCAGCAGCAAACAACUGUUUUCGUGAACGCGUUUUACUAGCAACUCGGGAUCGGUAUAUUUAAUGUGCACGCGAAGUGUUUUGUUUCAAAAUACAGAAAUCGAGAAAAGUUAUCGACGCAGUUGCCACAGAUCGAGAGACCAUUAUCGAUCUCAAGAAACUUUCCACCACAACGGCGUGGAAUCGCUCAUCGAUCGGGGAUCCUCCGCCAGCGUCAUUAUCAUCGACAUCGUCAUUAUCAUCAUUAUUAUCGUCAUCAUCGUCGAUUCAAUCCCGUUAGGAAAAAAAGAGAAGAGCCGGAGGAAGAGGAGCUUCAUUGUGGAAGUCGGAAGGAAGGGAUCGGUGUGUGUGCCACCGAUCGGAGGAAGGUGAUUCGAGAAGAGAGAGAGAGAGGCCAGGGAGAGCCAGAACAGGCGACAAACAAUAGACGGGUAACCCGGUGCUCCCGAUGGGGUCGUAGUUGCGCGUAUUUGUAAUGUAUCUGACGAUGAUAGGCCAGCACGGCAGGAAGAGAUCGUCGUAGGGGGAUCGCCAUAGCUAAUCGUACCACCCAAGGUGGCACAGAUUGAGAGCUCUAUCAGCACACAUCCUCUCCUGGCCCGAGAGAGUACGAGCACCCAUCGACGAUCAAACCCGGUACGCGAGCACCUACAUAACUACGUACGCAACGUACGAACGUAUCGGUCCAAGAAGUCAGAAGCCGAGGCCAAUACCAUCGUCGGCGAUCAACGGAUCAACGGAUCGGAUAUCGUCGAUCCCUUUUUCGAGCCUCUCGACCUCUCCCGCCGCCGCCGCCGCCUUCCCUUCCCCAUCGGGGCGCGACGACACACGCAGCAGCCGCUUCCGGCUAACCGGAAGUGACGCUCUAUGCGAACGGGUGACCACCGUCUUUCGUCGGGACACCAACACCACGCAAACGUAGGCCAGCACUACAGACGGGCAUCAUGGAAGUCGCCACUGAACUAUCGCCGUUGUCGGGAUCGGAUACGCAGCGCAAGAUCGUCGAACGUACUUCGUACUACCCCCAAGAGCCGAGCAAGAGGCCAAAGACCAGACAGGAGAAGAUUCGAUCAUGUCUCAGGCACAAUUCUCUAACCAUGUUAACGGUCGCCGGUGUGUUCGGGGGCGUGGUCCUCGGUAUUAUCCUGAGGAACAUGCGGAGCCAAGGAUGGACGCCCCGCGAGAUCAUGUACAUCAACUACAUAGGAGAUCUGUUCCUGAGGAUGCUGAAGAGCUUGAUCUUGCCGCUGAUUAUAUCCAGCUUGGUCUCGGCCAUUGGAUCUCUCGAUCUGUCAUUGAGCGGCAAAAUUGGCAUGCGCGCUAUAGUGUAUUACAUGGUAACCACUAUUAGCGCUGUUAUACUAGGUAUCAUUUUAGUAAUCACCAUACAACCGGGCGUAGGGAACAAUCCGGAGAUCAAGACGAAAGAACGAUCUCAGAAUGUUUCGACUGUCGACACGCUGAUGGACUUACUUCGGAACAUGUUCCCCCCAAACCUGGUAGAGGCGUGUAUCUCUCAACACAGGACCGAAAUGCAGAAACCAGAGAACAGCACAACAGAUAACAUAGAUUAUUGGGAACCAGUGCAAAAAAGCGUGUCGGGGACAAACAUCAUGGGCUUGGUCGUGUUCGCCACGGUGCUGGGCAUAACACUGGGAAAAAUGGAGGAACAGGGCAAGCCGCUGCUCAUGUUCUUCGAGUCCUUGUCUAGCGCCAUGAUGUUGAUUACUCACUGGGUGAUUUGGUUGUCGCCGGUGGGCGUUCUCUUCCUGGUGGCCGCCAAAAUCACCGAGAUGCAAUCGCUGGACGAGGUGGUCGCUCAGCUAGGAAUGUACUUCCUCACUGUUCUGAUCGGCCUCUUCAUACACGGGUUCAUAGUCCUCCCCUUGCUGUACUUUAUAAUAACGAAGAGGAACCCGUACGUAUACAUAUCGAACCUGGCCCAGGCGUUGGUCACCGCGUUCGGCACGUCCUCGAGCUCAGCGACGCUCCCGAUCGCGAUCAACUGCCUGGAAGAGGGGAACAACGUCGAUCCACGAAUCACCAGGUUCGUACUGCCGAUCGGUGCCACCAUCAACAUGGACGGCACAGCGUUAUACGAGGCGGUGGCUGCGAUCUUCAUCGCGCAAGUGCGUCAAGUCAGCCUCAGUUUCGGCCAGCUGGUAGCAGUCAGUAUCACGGCGACUGCCGCAAGCAUCGGUGCAGCUGGUAUUCCGCAAGCUGGCCUCGUGACGAUGGUGAUGGUGCUGGAUACUGUCCGUCUUCCGGCUGACGACGUCUUCCUAGUCAUCGCCGUCGAUUGGCUGCUGGAUCGCUGCAGAACGACGGUGAACGUGGUGGGGGAUUCCCUCGGAGCCGGGAUCGUGAACUAUUUGAGCAGAAACGAGCUGGCUUCGUUGCCGCACAACGCACAGGCCCAGAACGGGGCGGACCAUCACACCACCACCUCCAUAUGAAACCGAGAUCGACAGAAUUCGAUCGGCUGAACUCGUGAAUUGUCGACAGGGACGACGAGCAACGUUCCCUUCCUUCUCAACACUGCUCGUUAAAUCGUCGCACAAAUCCCCUUCCUCCCACCUACCCCCACCGAACUUUCAAUAUUUCUAUGUCGAAAACGAAGUUCAGUAAGCAUGAUGAUAAUUCCUCGAGAACAAACGGCGACGUGUAAUACGUAGCAGUUUUAUUCCCCCCGUUCUGUUCGUAGCAGUCUUCCUAUAUAUCCAAGAAGAGACCACCUCGAUGGUUCUCGCACGAUAUUGACAGAGGAAUAUUUUUCUCCUUUUUUUUGUAUUUAAUUUCACAGCUGCCAGAUUCAUUCGAUUAGAGUACAAGAAAAUAAUAAUAGUAAUCAAGUGAUCCGAUCAUGUUUUAAUGGUCGUAUAUAUCUAUAUCGUUCAUUUUACGAUAAAAUAAGAAACGAAAAUUAAAAUGGAUCGAGCUUUCGACGUUCGAUCUCUUCAAUUCAUUGAUCCAUAGUGCCAUAUACUUUAAAGUUUAAACGUCUUGAAGCUGAAUUCUCUUUGAACUUAACUUCCCAUUAAGUUCGACAUCGUUAAAUUCUGAAAUAUCCUGGUACUUGGAAAUUCCUGCGAUUUCAUUUUCUGAAAGCUAUUUUUCUUUCUAGAGUCGUGCUAAUAACGUAAUGAAUAUACUACUGCCUAGGUGUUCCAAUUUAUCUUGAAAGUGUUCUUUGUUUUCAUUCGUUACUUCUGAACUCGUUUUACGGCGAAACGUCAUUCUUUUCUCGCGAGUCGACGAAAUUGUUACACAAAAACAUUCGACCUCAGAAGCAUUUUCUUUUUAAUGAAUACAAUUUUUUCAUACACCUAUACUCGUAUACGAAAAAAUUCGACGACAAGUUAAAACGGCACGAAUGUAGUCGAGAUGUAUAAAAUCCCAUUGUACAUGAUCGUUUUAGCCAGAACGCUAGUAUCACAACAACAGUUAACAUAGCAUUGAAUUACCAUUUAUAGCCUGAUCUUUGUCUUCCAUUGUUACGACCUUAUAACCUUUUUAUCGAUUUACAAAUUCUUAGCGAUGUAAUAGCCUAUGAAAUAUUUAUAAUUGUCCAUCUAAUUCCCCCAUAGAUUUAUACACCUGCGAAAGACCACGCAAAAUUGUUUCAAAUUAUAGUAUUAUAUCUUUAGGGAGCCAGUGACGAGAACAUUAUGAUAUUCAAUAUACCUCACUGUGCUAGAUGAGAGAGAGAGAAAAAAAAGUGUUCAAUUGUUAACUAGAAAGUGUAAAGGUGUAUUUUAUAUAUUAUAUAACGUAUCUGACAAGAAACGCGUUAUCAGGUGUACACUCAUUUAUACAGUUACAUUGGUGCAUGCAGAGAACGUAACUGAAUAGUCAAUUUAUAUUAACUUAUUUACCGCGUUAUAUCUCUUAUCCGAGGAUCAUUUAAUUAACUCUUUGAAGUACUACAGUUUUCUCCUCCUUUGUAAAUUCAAUGCCAUUUUGUUUCUUAUCAUAACAAUUAAAAUAAGAAAUGCCAACGUAUUGUGAAGUAAAUUCAUAAAUUACCUAAGACAAAGAUGGCUAAGUGGUCCGCAAGCCUUUGUCCCUACUUUUCUGAUCGCUGGCACUACUCCCUCCACUUGCUUGCAAUUCUGAGUGAGAGAGUGGGGCUCGUGCACGGCGAGGAAAUUUCAAUGUAGUGGGGAGAUGGAUGCAGUGGAGGGGAUAGCGCUAGGGAUCAGGAAAGUAGGGACAAGGAGUCGCAGGUCGCCAGUUAGCCUCUUAAGUCUUAAGAGAUCUGAUAAAUUACGUAUUAACUCUUCCUAUUGAAAGAUUUAUAUAAAAGAAAAAUGGAUAACCACACGAUUUAAUAAAGGCAAGAAAUUGAAUUGUUCUUCGAUGUCAUUAUUUAGGAAAAGAAGAAAAAAAAAUCAAGUUUCAAUAUACGUGUUUAAUAUUUAAGGCAUGAUUCAAAACUAAUAAUCGUAAUCUAUCGUAAUCUAUCGUGAAUUGAUGUACAGUUACAUCUUGUAAUCAGAUACUAUUAGCAGAAUUUAUAUACCUGUGUUUAUGUAAUUAAGUAAUCGCCAUAGUUGCUUAAAAAUAUACUGUAUGAUAUUUAUUUGUACAAUAAAUGUACAAACUGACAUAACAAUAAAGGUAUUGCUUAUUUCUAA